UUUUGACAACGAUUAAGAUUCGAUAUCGUCUCAUUGACCAGACGGACCGGCUUGUGGAUAAAAACACCCUUAUAAGUUGAGAGUUCCUCUAGAUCUCGAAAUUACCGUGGAUCUCCGUCCAAGCUACGGUGAACAUUCAGAAUGACCACAAUCCUCCCACUAUGGCCUCACAUUCUCUUCGCGGUUUUGGAGCCAAUUUCGCUGAUUGCUGGCUUCUGUGUCGCAAUUGGUAACACCAACAAAUUCGUCGCUGGCCAGACCCCCAACGCCUUUACGCCCGCAGAAUUGCCAUUAAGCACCCAGGCUAUCUCUUACCAGCUUGGCAAUUUGUAUCUGCUGCUGAUGAUGGCGGGUGUCGCUGUUUUGUACUCAACGUCGGAGCCAAAAGUGGUCAGAAACUACAUCAUUGCAUUGGCAAUCGCAGACGUGGGACACCUCUAUGCCACCUAUUGGUGUAUCGGAUUCCACGACCUAAUCAACGUGAUGGAGUGGAAUGAUCUGACGUGGGGAAAUAUUGGAGCUACCGGAAUUCUCUUUGUGAAUCGCAUCGCAUACCUCCUUGGUGCCUUUGGGUAUGCUAAAUCACCCUCUGGCACAAAGAAGUCCCAGUGAGUGGGGUAUUCGAGAGUCAUGGUCGGCCAAACUUGCUAGCCAUUCCAGACAACAUCUCUUUGGCGAGACUACUUGUUCUUGAAAUUCUCAUUUCCUUCUAGGUACAUGUAUGUACCGUACAAUGCGCUAGCUUCCAACCCCAUUUGAUAUACUUUGUGAACAAGUUUCUCGAUUUCUUCAUCCAGAUGCCUGUCUAAGUGUUACUCAAAUAUACCCUCUGUUCUUUAUAAUUGGAUUUCUUUUUUUUUUCCUAGCCCUGGCUUUUAGUUUGGGUGUAAUAGAUUCGGGGUUAGCAACAACACAGGUCGAAGGCUACAAGGCCAGAACGGCUAGUGAAAAGACGACUGUGAGAGUUUACGACAUGAACUUUAACCAAGUGUGCGUUCAUGGCGUUGUUAGGCGCCGCUGCCGAACGUAUUUCUCAAUAAUACGAGUGGGUCUUCAACCAGCCAUUUUUACAGCGUAUUCCCGGAGGCCUAGUUAAUAGCCGGCGAUUAUUACUUGACGAGCAUGGGAUAGGUCGUCGAAAGUUACACAUCAACUAGUUCUCUAUCUUAAAUGUUGUACGUACUGUACCUUCUUUUAACUACAAUUCCGCUAGCCUACUACCUCGCUGUCGUCUCACUGUCGUUUCUCGCUGGACACCUCAUUCUACUGGUGACUAAGCCCAGCGGGUGUAUGGGCAGAUCAGCCCCUCACCCCAAGGGAAAAGAAGAAGAAGAAUAAGAAGGAUGUGGAGAAAAGGGCGAGAUGUCCCAAAUAUUGUCCGCUGAAGGUGUGGGGGACGGGAGCGCGUGUAAACCGGGCGGUCUGAAAAUCCCGCUUUUUUAUGCACGAUGAGCUCGAAGCGGUAAACAAUCCCCGAGCAAAAUUGUGUGCAUUCACUUUGCUUCAGGUGUCGACACGUACUUCAUCAUGUAUGCACCUCGUCUCCGAGGCAGUCCAGGAAGAGCAUUGUCAUUCCCUCACACCAAAUGAGCCAAUAAAGCCAUAAGCAUGGAGGUUGGUCUCGAGAAGGAGCUUGAGGUCCUGUCAGGUGUUACUUAGCCUUGCAGAGAGAAAUGUAAAUGACUAGACCAUUUCCUUUGCUUAAACGUCAGCUUUGGUCCACACAUUUGGCGGAUAGGUGGGUAGUGACAGAUUGCAUCAAUACUAGACUGGCGUAGCUUCACCUAAAGCUGAUCUCAGUUUGACAAGCACUCUGGGCUUGCCAGAAACGAGGUACAGUACUUACAAACGUCUGGUUAUCAUGUAACUCAAGCCUGCAUCAUACCUUGCCAAUCACCCGUAAAUGGAGGGAGUGGUUGAAGCUACAAGCUGUAACCCAAGAAAAGUCCGCUGUGUCCGUAUGAGGCUAUAGUUGUAUCCAUUGUCACCUUGGGCAAAUGAAUAGUCCGAUUCAGCAACUGCUUAAUUGCCGUCUUUUUUGUUUUUCUUUCGGGUUUGUUAAGGCCCGAAUAAUAAGUAAUCGGGUAUAGCGUCUCCAAACAGCGAUUGAGCUCCGUAUAUCAUUUGUAGGAUAUGGGGCUGCUCAUGCAUUUCCACUCCGGUCUAGUUAACCUAAUUGCCGAU